UUCUCCUUGAAUUAGUUGCAACCUCUGGUCUUGAGAAAAUCAUCAGCUCUAUUCUCUUCCAGUAAUCAAGUGAUCAGCUUCAAGCCAACAGAACUACUAAUAAGUGAAACCAGAGGAGAUAAUAUUCAUUAUCACAAUUAGUAGCUAGAGGAGGAGGAUCAUGAAAAUACCAGCUCAUCGUCACUCCAAUAUGCUAUACGUUUUAAGCCUUCUUUUGUGUCUUGGAGCUUUCUUUAUCAUAUAUACUGAUGCUAGAAAAUUAAGUGAAAUGUCAGAAAGUUCACAAGAAAUUAUCAAAAUCAAUGGGUUGAAACACUUGGACAUGUAUUUGCCUUUGGCUGGUUCAUCCAAUUCAGGACCCUAUGUUAUUGGUUCUCCCUUCAAUUUACCACCUUAUGAUUCUCUUCCUCCAGUACCAAAUACCCCUACUCCUUUUUGUGUUAAUCCACCUCCAGCCACUGGCAAUUAUGGCCCAAUUGUAAACCCACCUCCAAGCCCAUCAUCAUCAUCCACUAUCAUCCCUAGCCCACCCCCACAAUUUCUUCCUCCCGUAAUCAUUCCCAACACACCACUUAACCCACCCCAAUAUUUUCCACCUAAUAAUCCUCCCACAAAUGUUCCUAGCCCAACACAACCUAUUUUUAGUCCACCUUAUUAUUAUGAGCCUAGUCCACCAAGUUAUGUCCCAAUUAGUCCACCAAGUUAUGUCCCAAUUAGCCCACCUACAGGGCUUUUCCUACCACCAGUGGUCUAUCCACCUCCAGCUGUGCCUCCGCCACCACACCUCGCGUCCGCCAUGGCACUAUGGUGUGUGGCAAAACCAUCAGUACCAGACCCAAUAAUCCAGGAAGCCAUGAAUUAUGCAUGUGCAUCUGGAGCAGAUUGUGAUCAGAUUAUGCCCAAUGGAUCAUGUUAUCAGCCUGAUACUUUAUUUGCACACGCAUCUUAUGCCUUCAAUAGCUAUUGGCAGAGAACAAAAGUGGCUGGUGGCACUUGUGACUUCGGGGGGACAGCCAUACUUGUCACUGUGGAUCCUAGUUUCGAUGGAUGCCAAUUCAUCUACUAUUGAUCAAUAGAUGAAACUGAAAGGAAAUGUAUACACAAGGCAAAAUUAGGUUUUUGAUUCAUUUUUCUUGCACACUACUUGGAAACGUUCAAGACAAAUAAGAUCCAAGUUUUGUAAUUUUGAACACGACUUUUAGGUAGAUGUAUGCGGUGUUUGGACUACUUCAUCAAUACUCUUCCGUCUAGGGACAUGUCAUUUCCUGAAUUUUAAAUGUAAAUGGAAAG